GUCUCCCGGGAAGCUAGAGUAGGCGAUUCCCGGGCUGCUCCGUCGUGGCCUGUUAACGUUCCUGUGUUGUUCAGUGCCAGAAUGAGUGACCGCUAUUUAGAACAAAGGAUUAGUAUCAAAUUUUGCGUGAAAUUGAACAAGUCUGCAAGUGAGACCCACCAUCUUUUAAAAGAAGCUUAUGGAGAUGAAGUCAUGUCAAGGGCCAGAGUUUUUGACUGGCACAAAAGGUUUAAAGAAGGACGGGAAGAUGUUCGAGAUGAUGCCCGAAGUGGGCGUCCAGUCACCCACCGAACAGAUGACAAUAUCCAGAAGGUCAAGGACUUGGUUUGUUCAAACAGGCAGUUAACCGUGAGGAUGAUGGCUGAAGAGUUAAAUUUAGACAAAGAAACUGUUAGGCUCAUUUUGAAAGAAAACUUGAACAUGAGGAAGGUUUCUGCAAAAGUUAUUUCGGGUGUUUUGAAGGGUGAGCCUAAACCACAAAAACUUGACUUUCGGUCGGAUCUUUCAAAGGAAACUAGGAAAAAUAGCUCAUGUUUGAGGAAAAAGGUAACAGGUUCUGAAACAUGGAGUUAUCUCCAGGGUGAAGCUGGUGGGGAAAUGCCCCUGCCGGUAUCCCACCCCAGAGUCCACUACCCUGCCAGCCAGCUUCUGCAGGCGUCAUCUUCAACAAGCCUUCCCCCCAGGGUAGCUGAGAAUUGGUUCACCCCAUGGUGAGAGGAAUGUGAGUUAGCUGAACCAGAACUAGGAUGCUGCCUCACUGUUAGGCACCUUAUUUGGCUGCUCACCUAUUUUUCAGUCUUCACCACUCCUCCCUAUGUGCCAUGGCCCUCCUCAUUACUCUUUGCUGGACUCUUGGACCAUUUUCCUUGCUGUUCUCCAUAACUUUGAAAAACUUUUGGCUGUUGCCUUCUGGUAUUUGCUUGUUCUUGAUUUCUUUUGCUCAACAAGUUUGGAUUUCUCCUCUGCCCAGACCUUAGCUUGUUGUGGCUGUCCUGUUCCUUUGUUCUCAACAUUCUGCCUCAGAGGAUCAUGCCAGUGAGAAGAGAGGAACAGGAUCUCCUGGAAUCUGUAUCUCUGUGCCCAGGGAGGCAUGCUUUUCUGGGAGGACCCCAAAAGAAGGCUUACAGUUUCAGCCUGCUUCGCAAUCAGGGCCUGAGGUAUGGUACAGAAGGUGGUGGCAUGCUGGUACUACUGAACAGUGCUGGGCCUAAGGGCUGAUCUAGCCCAGAUGACUCAGUAGGCGCCCCUUAGGAAUCAGGGGUUGGCCACCAAUACUGAUCUUCUUACAGGCCUGCACCUCACAGAAGAGCUGGGUUUGUUUCAUUCUAGUCCUAUGCUUUGGACCUCCACUUAUUUGGGUAUCACCCCUGUUGGAAGAGGAGGAUCUGGUGCUAGAAAAUGUAAACCCGGGGACCCAGACCUAGGCUGUGAUGUGUGGUGAGGAAGACCAGGUGGCUCUCUAGUCCCUGAAUUAAGGGAGCCUGCUGCCUAUGUGCAGAUUCCCACACAGCAGCCUGUUUUUAGUAACUAAUGCCUAUAGUUUUGAGAACUUGCUGUUUUUAGAACACUGCUGGGCAUUGACAGUGUGGAAGUUAUGAACAAGAUCUCCAAGGGCUGAUGGGCUUCAUGGAUGACAUGGUUCUUGAACUGGAUCCAUGAGGAUGGGUGAGACGGGGCUGUGAAAUUAGGGAAGGCUUCCGGGGCAGGUGGAACAACAUGAGGCUUCCAACCUGCAUCAGUAGAAAAUGACACUGGCCAGGUGCAGUGAAUCACACCUGUAAUCCCAGCACUUUGGGAGGCUGAGGUGGGCGGAUCACAAGGUCAAGAGAUCGAGACCAUCCUGGCCAACAUGAUGAAACCCCGUCUCUACUAAAAAUACAAAAAUUAGCUGGGCGUGGUGGUGUGCGCCUGUAGUCCCAACUACUCAGGAGGCUGAGGCAGGAGAAUCUCUUGAAUCCGGAAGGCAGAGGUUGCAAUGAGCCGAGAUUGCACCACUGCACUCCAACCUGGCGACAGAGCUAGACUCUGUCUCAAAAAAAAAAAAAAAAAAAAAGAAUUAGAAAAUGAUGACACUAUUGGCUAAAAUAACAAAGUUUAAAGAGGAAGAUAAUGGUGUUGCAGCAGAUGAACAAUUUGGGAUAAUUUGCUUUCUCUCCUAAGCCUCCAACUCUAUGCCACUUGUUGUUAAAUUGCUUCCCCUGAGUCUGUGAAUAGGUUUGUAACAACCAAUUUGAUAUCUGAUUUUCCAUUUGGACCCCGACAAGCAGUUUCUGCAAGUUCAAACUCUGUCUCUUCUUUUCCUGCCUCUGCCAGGAUUUAUGGAAUGGAACUUUUCCCAAGUGGGUUCCAAGUAAUACCACAUAGACUGGAAACAUUCAGGGGGCAGGGAUUUGGUAAUAGCAUUUCACAGAAUUGGCCAGUCUUUGUUUUACUCAAGGAUUUUUAGAUAUAACAGCUCCUCUUAAACAAUAUUGCUUUAUAGUAGAGGCACAACACUCAUUCAUCACAGUUACUUUUAGUGCUGUUCUUUCACUUUCUCUACUCACCUCCAAAAAUUACAAGUUCCUCAUUAACACCUGUUUUUGUUUUGUUUUGUUUUUUGAGAUGGAGUCUUGCUCUGCUGCCCAGGCUGGAGUGCAGUGGCACGAUCUCGGCUCACUACACCUCUGCCUCCCGGGUUCAAGUGUUUCUCCUGCCUCAGCCUCCCGAGUAGCUGGGAUUACAGGUGCACGCUGCUACACCCAGCUAUUUUUUGUAUUUUUAGUAGAGGCGGUGUUUCACCACGUUGGCCAGGCUGGUCUUGAACUUCUGACUUCAGGUGAUCCACCCAACUCGGCGUCCCAAAGUGCUGGGAUUACAGGCGUGACCCACCGCGCCGGGUCAACACCUGUUAGUUUUGAGGCACCUUGAAAGCUAGACCUUGUCCCACAAAGAGAAGAUACUGUAUAAGAAAACUCUUAAACCAAGCAACAGCUUAUAGACCUCCAGCUCCUUAACAGUUUCUAGACAUUCCAUUUCAGGACCAUUAAGUCUUCCUACAUCAGAUGCGGCUCUAGGUUGCCCACAAGCACUUGGCACCAGGGACACUGCACUUUAGGAACAAAGUCCCCACCACUAGUUCUUGCAGCUUUGUUGCUGAACCUCAUAUUAAUCCUUGCUGAGGCCCACCCAGUGGUAAUUGUUGCAGAUGUAUAUGCUCCUGGACCCAGGCCAGGAUCCCACAACCAUACGUACAGGAGUUGUUUCUAACCUAUUAUAAAACAGAGGUCCUGAGACAACUUACUUCUGGAUUUUAUUCCAGUCCUAUGAACAGGGCUGGUGUGUCCCUGCCAAUGAUGCUGGACCAAGACCCAUGGUGGAGUGUAGAGUACCAGAAGCUAUGUUGGUCCAGACAUGGUUUAGACACAGCAACCAGAAGCAGGUAAUUAGGAGUGUGAAUUCAAAUGGUUCCAAUUGGCUAUAAUGAAAAGGACUUAUCCAGAGCAAACCAUUCACAUUUGGCUGCUCAGAAUCUCUAAACCCAAGGGUAGAGCAUGAUCUAGGCAUCCCCAAAUAGGAAAUUUCUUAUAUGAGUACUCCUAAUGUGCCCACCCACCAAAUCUAUUUUAUUGCUGUUGCACGUUUUGCCCUGGCCUGCACCUUGCUGCCUAGGCCUCUUGAGCUCCUGGUCCCGUAGUCUCACACAUCCAGCUAUGUGUCCGUCACACCCCAGGCUCUUGUCCUUGACUAUUUUUAGACACCUCUCAGUUUAUUCUCCAGUUUGCUCUUACUCCUCUCUUUCCUUGUUGCUUUGUUUUCUGGUCCUGGGUCACAUCUUCAGUAGCUGCUUUUGGUCGCUUUGGUGUGCUGAUCCUUGUAUUGACCUUUGGGUCAUGGUUUUCCACUUAACUUACAACUCUUCUCUCUGAUUUUUUGGAUCCUUCUUUCAGCUCCCCGCUUCAGCUGCUGAGUAAGGAAAUUGUCUGCUCCAGCCCUGGCCCCAGGUUGCCUUCCUAUCUUAAAGAAGCAGGGUUGGGUGACAUGUGGGAAUUAUGUGUUGAUUUUGUUUUUUGUAAGGGACAUGGGCACCUUAGCCACCCUCAGUUGCACUCCGCAGAGGCACCCAGUGUCACCAGUUUCUCAAGGAGGCAAUAUGUUACCUCUAGUAGCAAGAGUCAUGAAACUUUUUCAGAGCUAUAACAUCCAAAGCCCAUUCUCCUAGCAACUGUAUUUUCCCUGGCGGGAGAAGCUUCACCUAACCACAAGAGAUCAAGCCUGGCUUUCUGUGGGAUGUCAGUAGGAGAGCUGGCCAUCUGCAAACUUUCUCAAGCUUAACACCAUCGGUCAAUGACUCCGUUUGGCAUUCAGGUUGAUCUCUGUCCCCGCCCCCACACUCAUUCUAAUUCAAAGUCCACAUGGAAUGUUUUAUGCCACAGCUGAGAGUCUAAGAGGAAUACAUGCCUUCCGGAGCAGAUCAUCUUAACACUGAUUUUAUGCAAUUCUCUCUUUCCAUCACCCCACCCUACCUUGCUUCAUUUGCCCCACUAGUAAUGAUCAAAAAGAGAAAGAAUAAAAUGUUCACCAAAUCUGUGACUUAGAAAAACACGUGGAGUGUUGUGCCAUCUUCUGAAUUAUGAUCCUCACUGAGUCCUCAUUGAAAUGUUACCAUUUGGGGAAGAAUGUUUACCUGGGGCCUCCUUCCCAGAACCUUUUUUUCAGAUCAAUUUUUUAGUCAAAGUCUAGACUUGCCUUUGGAAAUGCCUGGAUAAAUCUGGAUGCUAAAUGACUUGAGGACACCUAAUAAAGGAAUGGGGUACUAUUGGGGAAUUGUCUGUCAUUGCAUUACAAAUGCUCAGUCUCCCUGCUAUUUGCAGACACCAUCACCAGCGAGUUUCACUAGGCUCUUUGGGAUUGGGUCUCAGCAGGGUCCCAUGUGACUCAAUAAGAGCCUACCUUUGCUGCUAAAUUGUGUAUGUUACCCUGCAUUCUCCAAUUGCUGCUUCUUCAGUCAGCCCACCCAGAUUUUACCAGGCGUUUAUAUCUUUUCUGAGGUAACCAUCAUGUAUUUAUGUUCUACAGUGUCUCCCUUAUCAGAUCCUUGCAAAUACUGUCCUAGUUGAAUCACCUCUUUCCCAGUAUUAAUAUCCGGAAACAAAAAAUCUAUAGUGGGGAGCUCCAGUGGGUCCCCUCCAAGGACUCACUUGGGCAUAGUCCAGUGGUCAACAGACUUCUGUAAAGGAGUCUUUAUGGGCCAUAUGGUCUCUUUUGCCACUAAACAUUUUAGUGCAAAAGUAGACAUAGUUAAUAUAGAAACAGAUGAGCACAGCUGUGUUCCAAUACAACUUUAUAAAUGGAUAUUAGAAUUUGAAUUUUAUAUAGUUUUUACAAAAUACUAUUUUGAUUUUUUUAAACCAUUGAAAAAUGUUAAAAAGAGGCCGGGCAUGGUGGCUCAGACCUGUAAUCCCAGCACUUUGGGAGGCCAAGGCGGGUGGAUCACCUGAGGUCAGGAGUUCGAGACCAGCUUGGCUAACAUGGUGAAACCUCAUCUCUACUAAAAAUAUAAAAUUUAGCCAGGCGUGGUGGUGUGUGUCUGUAAUCCCAGCUACCCGAGAGGCUGAGGCAGGAGAAUCGCUUGAACCCGGGAGGCUGCAGUGAUCCAAGAUCUCGCCACUACUCCAGCCUGGGCAACAGAGCGAGACUCCAUCUCAAAAAAAAAAAAAAAGUUAGACAUUCUUAGCUUUUAGGCCAUAGAAAAACAGAUGGCAGGACAGGUAUGGCCCAUGGGCUGUAGUUUGAUAUAACCCCCAGUCUAGUGUAUAUAAAGUGUGUACAGAAAAAUGACAGAUGAUUAUUUUCCAUCAAUAACAUUAUUAAUGCCACAUUAAUCUGGCAGUGUCUGACAAUUUAUUUGUAGAAAUUGUGGGCCAGGCACGAUGGCUCAUGUCUGUAAUCCUAGCACUUUGGGAGGCUGAGGCGGGCAGAUUGCUUGAGGCCAAAAGUUAGAGACCAACCUGGGCUAACAUGGUGAAACCCCAUCGCUACAAAAAAAUACAAAAAUUAGCCUGGCAUGGUGGCACGUGGCUGUAGUCCCAGCUACUUGCAGGGCUGAGGCAGGAGGAUCACUUGAGCCCAGGAGGUCCAGGCUGCAGUGAGCCAUGAUCGUGCUACUGCACUACAGCCUGGGUGACAGAGUGAGACCCUGUCUCAAACAAAAAAAAGAAAUUGUGGAAUAUUGGAGGGAAUCUGUGGAGCCAGGACAGUAAACUAAAGCUGAGUGAUUGGCUAUUUUACCUUGAAAUAUUCUGCUUCACAAAAUAAAUUUUGUGCUGUUUUUGACUAAAAAUGAUAUUAUAAAACCACCUAUAUUAUUCCCAUGUAAAAUAUGAAAACCAGUGUUGGCAACACUGAAACUGAUGCCAAGCUGCAACCAACAAUAAUAGAAUGAACUGAAGGUAGUCCCAAAAAUGAUUUGACCAUGGGUAGCAUUUGAAUAAGCUUAUGUUAUCACCUAUUAAAGUGUGUACUAUGGAGAUGACAAAACUCACUGAAAUGUAUUUUUUGCAUGCUUGCAAAUAUAUAUAUGUAUUAAAGAUACAUAUGUGUAUUUGCACCUUGCAACUGGUGCUAAGAUCUGUCCUUUUAGGUAAGUAUAUUUGUUUUUUCCCCCAGAGAGCUCUUUAUUGUGUCACCUUUAUUUAAACUGAUUUUCCAAAGUUGUAGUAGAAUCUCAGCAUUGAACAGACCAUUACAACAGUGUCUGAUCCAGCCAGUCAUGUUUCCUAUGAGUUCAGGAGUGACUAAACCCUACAGCUGCUGAAAGAUUGCAUCUGAAGGAAGAUUCUGUGUUAAUUCACUCAACAAAUUUUUAUUGAGUGGCUUUAUGUGCCAGAUGCUAUCUUGUGUGCCGGGAUACAGCAGUGGACAAAAUAGACACAGGCCUUGGAUUAGAUGGUCUGAAAUCUAAUUAUAUUACUCUUCACUCUUGCAAAAUUUCUGUUUCGUGUGCGCACACUAACCCAUUGUUAACUGCAUACCUGGAAACAGGUAUGACCGUUGCCACAUGCCUUUGUGCUCUGGUCUUGAUGCCUCUCCAGCUGCAUUAAUAAUUAGAGGACUGCGUGUUUCAUUUAAAUUUUAUUAUCCUUUAGACAGAUCUAUAUUGGUAGAAAAACACACUGGCAAUGUUGGAAGUGUAGACUGGCAAUGGUUUUCUGAAAAGCAAUUUGGCAAUAUCUAUCAGGAGCUUUAAAAAUGUUUAGAUCCUCUGAUCCUCCAAUUCCACUUCUGGGAAUCUGUCCUAAAGAAAUAGUCUAAAAUGUGGGCAAAAUCAAUGCUUAACAAUCUUAAAGUCCAACAGUAGAAAAUUGGUUAAGUAAAUUACAGUAUGACUAUCCAGUAGACUCUUGUGCCAUCAUUAUAAUUUAUGUUUCUGAAGAGUAUUUGACAGCACAGCAAAGUGCUUAUAGUGUUAAGUGAAAAGAGUGUUAUACAAAAUUGUAUGUAUAAAUCCAAAAAAUGUCUUUUAAAAAGACGGAAAGGAUAUGCAAACUCUGGGUAGUUGGAUUAUGGGUUUUCCUGGUUUUAUGCUUUAAAAAAUUUUCUCCAGUAUAUUAUUACUUACAUUAUCAGUAAAAAUCAAUAGCAUCUAGAGCUGGCAGUGGAGAGAUUGAGGCCAGAUCACUAGUUUGGUCCAUGAACAAUUAACUGGCUGGGUGGACACAGAGGCUAUAUGAUCUUGUGUUGGCAGCAAGGCUGGGACAGAAGGGAAAAGGACCUGCCCAGGAGGAGAAGGGACCGUGUGAUCACGUGACCAUAAUCCCUACAAAAAAAACACAAAAUGUUAAGGGAAGACACCGUGGGUGGCAUGCUCUUGUGAUGUAGUCGUUGGUAGGUAAAAGACCACUUAUGAAUCAAGUAUAUUCUGACAAGUGGAAAAGGAUAUGAAUGCUCUCCUGGGUAAAAUUAACCUCCUUUGCAUUUCAUUCUCACAUUCUCGCACAAAAUGAAUUAUCAAGAUGGAUUUUAUAAUAGCUGAUUCUCUGAAGAAUCCCUGAGACUUCGUAUGAUUCUUUAGUAUAGCAGUGGCUUUCGAUGUGCCAAGUCUACCUCCUCCCAUACUGGGACACUCAAGCAACACAGAUGUACACGGGAAUUUUGGGUAUUCUAUACUGAGAAUACUGCACACAUAUCAUUAGUCAUCUUAAUGUUGUGACUUACCAAAUUCUUAACGUUUGCAAAUGUGAUUUUGUUGGCAUCUAGAACCAGUGUAUUUUUUAUUUAUGUCUGAAAAAUAAUCAUUGUGGGGUUUUAAAAUGAAAAAUCAUGUAGCUAAUGCCUAUCCAUAAAUGAAAUUGUUAUGUUGGGAAAAUGUGUACUUAACCUUUGCUUUAGUAAAAUGAUUAUUAUAAAAAUGUUAAAUGUCUCCUCAGUGAAAUUUUAAACCUCCAAAUGAGUACACAAGGUAAAUACAUAUUUUAUAGGCCUAUAGCUCAUAUAAUUGCCAAGCUGAAAGAGUUCUUUAAGAUCUAAGUAUAAGUCCUCUGGUCUGUAGAAUGAAUGAGUGAGGCUUGUGUUUCAGUUCUGGCUUCUUGACUAGCUGUGUGACUUUGGGCAAUUCAUUUGUACCCUCUAAGGUUGUCAGUUAAUUCAUCUGUAAAAGAGAAAUAAUGCCAUCUAUCUCAUGGAGUUGUUCAUUUUGUUCAUUUCAACAAUAUUUAUUGAGUGCUUAUCUGUGUAUGAUGCUGUUCUAGACACAGUAAACAAGACCCCAAGAAAUGUUCCUCCUCAUGAGCACACAUUUCAGUGAGGGAGACAGACAAGAAAUAAGAUAAAUUAGUAGGCUGGGCGCGGUGGCUCACGCCUGUAAUCCCAGCACUUUGGGAGGCCGAGACGGGUGGAUCACGAGGUCAGGAGAUCGAGACCACGGUGAAACCCCGUCUCUACUAAAAAAAAUACGAAAAAAUCAGCCGGGCGCGGUGGCGGGCACCUGUAGUCCCAGCUACUUGGGAGGCUGAGGCAGGAGAAUGGCGUGAACCCGGGAGGCGGAGCUUGCAGUGAGCCGAGAUUGCGCCACUGCACUCCAGCCUGGGCGACAGAGCCAAGACUCCGUCUUAAAAACAAACAAACAAAAAAAAACAAACAGAUAAAUUAGUAAAAAUAUCUAUGUUAGAUAGUGAAUAUUAGAUGUGAGGCUUACAUUAAACAGUGUAUACGAGGCACACAGCACAACACCUGGCAUGGAGUACGUGCUCAAUAGAGAAUAAUUUCUUCUGUGUAUACGAGGCACACAGCACAACACCUGGCAUGGAGUACGCGCUCAAUAGAGAAUAAUUUCUUCUGUUUCUUGAGGCUUCCUAACAGCUCCAGAAUUACCCUACAAUGUGGUGGUAGUCGGCAAGAAGCCUGACUCAUUGCUUUCUAUCUCUUGCCAGUUAAGGCCUAAACCUGUUUUUGCUUAAGAAGACAAAACAAUUCUUACGGUGGUGUUUCGUACUUCCUAUAUGGCAGAUUAAUCAAGGUGGUGCCUAAACACUGUUGAUAAAUGACAUUUUCUGGAGCCAGUUGGCAGGAGUCCUUGCCUGGGGUGGGAUGGCAGGUGUUAAGUCCACAAAGACAAACGCAUAGUGUCAUUGCUAUUUAAGCAAAACAGACUAGAAGACCGAAAUGGCUGUUUCUCUUAAAGAAAAGAUGUGUGCCCUAUGUCCUGGGCCAAAUGUUGAAGCACUGAGCAAAGUUUGCAGUAUUGGAAGGAAACUGCCUACUGCAUUAUUUAUGGGAGACCAGGGCAUUGACAGAAAGCCAGGAAAAGGAGAGUUUAAUGGUUUGUGGUUUUGAUAUUUUUGUCCAUUGUAGAAAAUUUGGAAAGUUUAAAAAUGUUUAAAGAAGCAGCCAGAAGUCCACUCCUGGAGUUUGGAUCUUUCAUCAGACCCAUCUCCUUGCCUCAGCUUCCUCCUUCAAAAACAUGCAGCCAGGCUGGGUGCGGUGGCUUAUACCUGUAAUCCCAGCACUUUGGGAGGCUAAGGCGGGCAGAUCACGUGAGGUAAGGAGUUCGAGACCAACCUGGCCAACAUGGUAAAACCCCGUCUCUACUAAAAAUACAAAAAUUAGCCAGGUGUGGUGGUGCACGCCUGUAAUCCCAGCUACUCAGGAGGCUGAGGCAGGAGAAUCACUUGGACCUGGGAGGUGGAGGUUGCAGUGAGCUGAGAUCGUGCCAUUGCACUCCAGCCCAGGCAACAGAGUCAGACUCUGUCUCAAAAAAAACAAAACAAAACAAAACAAAAAACAGUGAACGGUCAUUUACUGAAUUCCUUCUUCGAGCCUGGGCCUGCAUUAGGCGUAGAGUACAGCCCUUGUCCUUGGGCAGUGCCCAGCUUUGUGGGUUAGGGAAAGGGCCAGAGGUGGAGAGGAGCACCAAGAAAGGGUUCCUACCUUAGACUGUCAAUUUUUCCCAGAGGAGAGAGCUAAGGAACAAACUUUUGUAAAGAAUUGGAACAAAAAGUUGUAAUCAUCAACUGAGGGUGAUUGUGAAAAACAGACAGUGGACUGUAAAGAAGCAAAACAUAGAACGAUGGUAACUGUAGCUCUUCUUAUGUAAGAGAGCCUGGAGCUCUGUCCACAAGGAUUUAGUGUGUAAUAUUACCUCUCAGAAGAAACUGGACUUGAGGCUGUGGGCCAGUACCCCUGUACCUUGCAUUAAGAACCUAAUAAGUGAAAAUUCAGAAUUACAACCCAAACUCGAUGAGGGAAUUGGCCCAGGGAGGCUGAGUGAUUUUUUUGAAUCACACAUUUAGUUGGUGGCAGAGCCAGGAUAAUAAUGAAGGACCUUGAACUUCGCUCAGUCCGUGAGUUUUUUCUAUUACUCCAUCGGUAAUUAUUUCCCUUACUAAAAUGUACAUUCUCAUAUCUUUAAAAUCAUGCUCACCCUUGCAUUUAACAAAUGAUUUACCAACAGUUGAUUUACAUACAAUUUUUAAGGAACAUAUUUAUAGCAUAGAAAGUGGUGCAGAGGGUUUUACCAAAUUUCUCUGGGGUGUCCAGGUCCCCUGGUCCUUCCAGAGGUGUGUUCAUAAGUAAAUGUUGGCAUUCUGUCAUCCAUUUUUUCCAGAUGUUCUUCCCAAGUAGUGUGUUAUGUUUUGUGUUUUUAAUAUUUCUCAUAUACGUUUUUAAAAAUCUGGGCACAUAAAUCCUAA